CGAGGUACUUCCAACGGCUCCUUCUCCGUCCCCUUAACACCGCUUUUUCGCUGGCUCGUCCUGGAUGCACACUCGACUCACACGUCAGCUUCCGGAUACUUCUUUGUCGGCUAUCGCGGCAGAAGAGUUAGAGAACACCUCGUUCCAUCGAUCACUUCUCUGUUAGCGAAACAAUAUGAAGAAGAAGUGCGAAGAAAACGAGGAGACUAGCUUUUGGGGCGGUUACUAUGGGAAGAGUAGCCAUAGGAACAACCGAAAGGAUAAUUCGUUAGAAAGCGGUACACGUCGUGACCGUACAUCCUGCUGUGUCAGGUUUAAAGCCGAAAUCCAUCCUUGUCAAGACUGGUUUCUCGUUGCAGACUCAGGAUCUAGUCGAAAACUCGACAUUCCUGAAUCGUUUGCUCCCGAAGGGAAACGCGUUAUCUUGUGGAAGACCCUGGCAACUGGAUUGACAAUUGGAACCUUGCUUUAUACAUGGACCGAGACUGGCAACCCCGAUUUCUAUCUAGCAUAUGUGACUAGCUGGUCUCUGCUAGCCUCAUCUCUCUACAUGACAUUGAGCUUCUUCAACACGAUUCUCGCCAGCCGCACUCCUCAACCCCCGGAACGUGCUACUGGCCGAAUCAAAGCGACUUGGAUUUUUUACGUCCUCGCCACUCACGGUGAAAUGAUCGUGACAGUCUUGUACUGGUGGGCCGAGUAUACACCGGAUAUUCCCAUUCGGUUUGCCAAUUUGGCCCCGCAUGGCGGUGUUUUGAUGCUCAUCUUUUUCGAUGGCGUCUGGGUGAAUCGCAUCCCCAUUCGAUGGAUGCACUGGUGGGGACUGGUACUGCCCUUUGACUGUUCAUACUUGUUGUGGACAAUCAUCCACGCAUUCUUGGAUAUUGGCAACCCAAACAAAACGAGCAGCAGCGCCGAGAUGAACGAUGACGCAAUCUAUCGUGCAUUGGAAUGGCAGACCGAUUGGCAGGAGGCUUUGAUUAUGUCAAUUCUCGUUGUUUUUGUGGUUGGACCAGUUCUUUUUUUCGCACAGUGGAUGUUGACUUUGUAUUUGCUACCUUGUUGUUGCGUUCGCGACCAGUUGCGAUACUUGGACAGUCCGCAGCAGGACAACAAGGCCAACAUUUCCGACGUGGAGGAGGGAUCUAUCUUUGCCAAAUGGGGUUAA